AUGGCUUAUUGGCCUCAGCUGAGAUUGCUGCUGUGGAAGAACCUCACUUUCAGAAGAAGACAAACAUGUCAGCUGUUUCUGGAAGUGGCCUGGCCUCUAUUCAUCUUCCUGAUCCUGAUCUCCGUGCGGCUGAGCUACCCACCCUAUGAACAACAUGAAUGCCACUUUCCAAACAAAGCCAUGCCCUCUGCAGGAACUCUUCCUUGGGUUCAGGGGAUUAUCUGUAAUGCCAAUAACCCCUGUUUCCGUUAUCCAACUCCUGGUGAGGCUCCGGGAGUUGUUGGAAACUUUAACAAGUCCAUUGUAUCUCGCCUGUUCUCAGACGCUCGGCGGCUUCUCUUGUACAGCCACAGAGACACCAGCAUGAAGGACAUACGCAAAGUUUUGAAGACGUUAUACCAGAUUGAGCGUUCCAGCUCACGCUUGAAACUUCAGGACUUCCUGGUAGACAAUGAAACCUUCUCUGAAUUCCUGCAUCUCAACCUCUCUCUGCCAAGGCCAACUGUGGACAAGAUGCUGGGGGCUGAUGUCAGUCUCCGCAAGGUAUUUUUGCAAGGCUACCAGUUACAUUUGACCAAUCUCUGCAACGGAUCAAAAUUGGGAGAGGUGAUUCGACUUGGUGACCAAGAAGUUUCCAGGCUUUGCAGCCUGCCGAGGGAGAAAUUGAACGCAGCAGAGCAGGUGCUUCGUUCCAACCUGGAUAUCCUGAAGCCAAUCCUGACAAAACUAAACUCUACAUCCCUCUUCCCGAGCGAGGAGCUGGCUGAAGCCACAAAAGCUUUGCUGGAUAGUCUUGGGAAUCUGGCCCAAGAGCUGUUCAGCAUGAGGAGCUGGAGUGACAUGCGGCAGGAGGUGAUGUUUCUGACCAACGUGAACAACUCCGGCUCCUCCACCCAGAUCUACCAGGCUGUGUCCCGCAUCAUCUGCGGCCAUCCCGAGGGCGGGGGCCUGAAGAUCAAGUCCCUGAACUGGUACGAGGACAACAACUACAAAGCCCUCUUCGGGGGCAACGGCACGGAAGACGACGCUGGCACCUUCUACGACAACUCUUCAUCUCCUUAUUGCAAUGAUUUGAUGAAGAAUCUGGAGUCCAGUCCUCUUUCCCGCAUCAUAUGGAAAGCUCUCAAGCCCCUGCUUGUUGGAAAGAUCCUGUAUACACCUGACACUCCAGUCACAAGGCAGCUUAUGACUGAGGUGAAUAAGACCUUCCAGGAACUGGCUGUGUUUCAUGAUCUAGAAGGCAUGUGGCAAGAGCUCAGCCCCAAGAUCUGGACCUUUAUGGAGAGCAGCUCAGAAAUGGACCUUGUCCGGACACUGUUGGACAGCAGAGCCAAUGAUGACUUUUGGGAACAGCAAUUGGAAGGCUUAGACUGGAAGGCCAAAGAUAUCAUGGCAUUUCUGGCCAAACACCCAGAGGAUGUGCAGUCCCCCAAUGGCUCCGUGUACACCUGGAGAGAAGCCUUCAAUGAGACCAACCAGGCAAUCCAGACCAUCUCUCGUUUCAUGGAGUGUGUCAACCUGAACAAGCUAGAACCAGUAGCGACGGAGGUUCUGCUCAUCAACAAGUCCAUGGAACUCUUGGAUGAGCGCAAGUUCUGGGCUGGCGUCGUGUUCACUGGAAUCGCUCCCGGGAGUGUCGAGUUACCGCGUCAUGUCAAGUACAAGAUCCGGAUGGACAUCGACAAUGUGGAGAGGACGAAUAAGAUCAAGGACGGGUACUGGGACCCUGGUCCUCGGGCUGACCCCUUUGAAGAUAUGCGGUAUGUCUGGGGAGGCUUCGCUUACUUGCAGGAUGUGGUGGAGCAGGCAAUCAUCAGGGUGCUGACGGGCACAGAGAAGAAAACUGGCGUGUACAUGCAGCAGAUGCCUUACCCCUGUUAUGUUGAUGACAUCUUCCUGCGGGUCAUGAGCCGGUCCAUGCCUCUCUUCAUGACGCUGGCCUGGAUCUACUCAGUGGCUGUGAUCAUCAAGGGCAUCGUGUACGAGAAGGAGGCGCGGCUGAAGGAGACCAUGCGCAUCAUGGGCCUGGACAACGGUAUCCUCUGGUUCAGCUGGUUCAUCAGCAGCCUCAUCCCUCUGCUUGUGAGCGCCGGCCUACUGGUGGUCAUCCUGAAAUUAGGAAACCUGCUGCCCUACAGUGACCCCAGCGUGGUGUUUGUCUUUCUGUGUGUGUUCGCCACGGUGACCAUCCUGCAGUGCUUCCUGAUUAGCACGCUCUUCUCCAGAGCCAACCUGGCGGCCGCCUGUGGAGGCAUCAUUUACUUCAUGCUAUACCUGCCGUAUGUCCUGUGUGUGGCGUGGCAAGACUACGUGGGCUUUACCCUCAAGAUCUUCAUGAGCCUGAUGUCUCCUGUGGCUUUUGGGUUUGGCUGUGAGUACUUCGCCCUUUUCGAGGAGCAGGGCAUUGGGGUACAGUGGGACAACCUCUUUGAGAGCCCCACAAAGGAGGAUGGCUUCAACCUCACCACCUCUGUCUCCAUGAUGUUGUUUGACACCUUCCUCUACGGGGUGAUGACGUGGUACAUCGAGGCUGUGUUUCCAGGCCAGUAUGGAAUCCCCAGGCCCUGGUAUUUUCCUUGUACUAAGUCCUACUGGUUCGGCGAGGAAAGUGAUGAGAAGAGCCACCCUGCUUCCAGCCAGAAGGGAGCAUCAGAAAUCUGCAUGGAGGAGGAACCCACCCAUCUGAAACUAGGUGUGUCCAUUCAGAACCUGAUGAAGGUUUACCGAGAUGGCAUGAAGGUGGCUGUUGAUGGCCUGGCCUUGAAUUUCUACGAGGGGCAGAUCACCUCCUUCUUGGGCCACAAUGGAGCUGGCAAGACCACCACCAUGUCCAUCCUGACUGGGUUGUUCCCUCCCACCUCGGGCACUGCCUACAUCCUAGGGAAAGACAUCCGCUCCGAGAUGAGCACCAUCCGGCAGAACCUGGGGGUCUGUCCCCAGCAUAAUGUGCUGUUCGACAUGCUGACUGUCGAGGAGCACAUUUGGUUCUACGCCCGCCUGAAAGGGCUCUCCGAGAAGCACGUGAAAGCUGAGAUGGAGCAGAUGGCCUUGGAUGUUGGUUUGCCUCCAAGCAAACUGAAAAGCAAAACAAGUCAGCUGUCAGGUGGAAUGCAGAGAAAGCUGUCUGUGGCCUUGGCCUUUGUUGGGGGAUCCAAGGUUGUCAUUCUGGAUGAGCCCACAGCCGGUGUGGACCCUUACUCCCGCAGGGGGAUAUGGGAGCUGCUGCUGAAAUACCGACAAGGCCGCACCAUCAUCCUCUCCACGCACCACAUGGAUGAGGCAGACAUCCUGGGGGACAGGAUCGCCAUCAUUUCCCACGGGAAGCUCUGCUGCGUGGGCUCCUCCCUGUUCCUAAAGAACCAGCUGGGGACAGGCUACUACCUGACCCUGGUCAAGAAGGACGUGGAGUCUUCCCUCAGCUCAUGCAGAAAUAGCAGUAGCACUGUGUCAUACCUGAAAAAGGAGGACAGUGUUUCUCAGAGCAGUUCUGAUGCUGGCCUGGGCAGCGACCAUGAAAGUGACACGCUGACCAUCGAUGUCUCCGCGAUCUCCAACCUCAUCAGGAAGCAUGUGGCCGAGGCCCGGCUGGUGGAAGACAUCGGGCAUGAGCUGACCUAUGUGCUGCCCUAUGAGGCAGCCAGAGAGGGAGCCUUUGUGGAACUCUUCCACGAAAUUGACGACCGGCUCUCAGACCUAGGCAUCUCCAGUUACGGCAUCUCAGAGACUACUCUGGAAGAAAUAUUUCUCAAAGUGGCUGAAGAGAGUGGAGUGGAUGCCGAGACCUCAGAUGGCACCUUACCAGCAAGACGAAACAGACGGGUCUUUGGGGACAAGCAGAGCUGUCUGCGCCCUUUUACUGAAGACGAUGCUGUGGACCCAAAUGAUUCCGACAUAGAUCCAGAAUCCAGAGAAACAGACCUGCUCAGUGGGAUGGACGGUAAAGGUUCCUACCAGGUGAAGGGCUGGAAGCUCACACAACAGCAGUUUGUGGCCCUUUUGUGGAAGAGACUGCUGAUUGCCAGACGGAGUCGGAAGGGAUUCUUUGCUCAGAUUGUCCUGCCAGCUGUGUUUGUCUGCAUCGCCCUGGUGUUCAGCUUGAUUGUGCCGCCCUUUGGCAAGUACCCCAGCCUGGAACUUCAGCCCUGGAUGUACAAUGAACAGUAUACGUUUGUCAGUAAUGAUGCACCUGAGGAUGUGAGCACCCAGGAACUCUUAAAUGCUCUCACCGGAACGCCUGGCUUUGGGACCCGAUGUAUGGAAGGAAACCCGAUCCCAGAAAGGCCCUGCUUGGUGGGAGAGGAGAAGUGGACCACCGCCCCAGUCCCCCAGACCAUCACGGACCUCUUCCGAAAUGGAAACUGGACGAUGGAGAACCCCUCGCCCACCUGCCAGUGUAGCAGCGACAAAAUCAAGAAGAUGCUGCCUGUGUGCCCCCUGGGGGCAGGGGGGCUGCCUCCUCCUCAGAGAAAACAGAAUACUGCCGACAUCCUUCAGAACCUCACAGGAAGAAACAUUUCGGAUUAUCUGGUGAAGACAUACGUGCAGAUCAUAGCCAAAAGCUUAAAGAACAAGAUCUGGGUGAAUGAGUUUAGGUACGGUGGAUUUUCCCUGGGUGCCAGUAAUUCUCAGUCACUUCCUCCGAGUGAAGAAGUUAAUGAUGCCAUCAAGCAAAUGAAGAAACACUUGAAGGUGGUCAAGGACAGUUCUGCAGACCGAUUUCUCAGCAGCUUGGGAAGGUUCAUGACAGGACUGGACACGAAAAAUAACGUCAAGGUGUGGUUCAACAACAAGGGCUGGCACGCCAUCAGCUCUUUCUUGAAUGUCAUCAACAAUGCCAUUCUCCGGGCCAAUCUGCAGAAGGGAGCAAACCCCAGCCAGUAUGGGAUUACUGCUUUCAAUCACCCACUGAACCUCACCAAGCAGCAGCUCUCAGAAGUGGCUCUGAUGACCACAUCAGUGGACGUCCUUGUGUCUAUCUGUGUCAUCUUUGCGAUGUCCUUCGUCCCGGCCAGCUUUGUCGUGUUCCUGAUCCAAGAGCGCGUCAGCAAAGCAAAGCACCUGCAGUUCAUCAGUGGAGUGAAGCCUGUCAUCUACUGGCUCUCCAAUUUUGUCUGGGACAUGUGCAACUACGUGGUUCCUGCCACGCUGGUCAUUAUCAUCUUCAUCUGCUUCCAGCAGAAGUCCUAUGUGUCCUCUACCAACCUGCCUGUGCUCGCUCUUCUGCUUUUGCUGUAUGGGUGGUCCAUCACGCCUCUCAUGUACCCAGCCUCCUUCGUGUUCAAGAUCCCCAGCACAGCCUACGUGGUCCUCACCAGCGUGAACCUCUUCAUCGGCAUCAAUGGCAGUGUGGCCACGUUUGUGCUGGAGCUCUUCACCAACAAUAAGCUGAAUAACAUCAAUGAUAUCCUGAAGUCAGUGUUCUUGAUCUUCCCACAUUUUUGCCUGGGACGGGGGCUCAUUGACAUGGUGAAAAACCAGGCGAUGGCUGAUGCCUUGGAAAGGUUUGGGGAGAAUCGCUUUGUCUCACCACUGUCUUGGGACUUAGUGGGACGAAAUCUCUUCGCCAUGGCUGUGGAAGGGGUGGUGUUCUUCCUCAUCACUGUGCUGAUCCAGUACCGAUUCUUCAUCAGGCCCAGACCUGUAAAGGCAAAGCUUCCUCCUCUGAAUGAUGAGGAUGAAGAUGUGAGGCGGGAAAGACAGAGAAUUCUUGAUGGUGGAGGACAGAAUGACAUCUUAGAAAUCAAAGAGUUGACUAAGGUAUACAGACGAAAGAGGAAACCUGCUGUUGACAGGAUUUGCGUUGGCAUUCCUCCUGGUGAGUGCUUUGGACUUCUGGGUGUUAAUGGAGCUGGGAAAUCAUCAACUUUUAAGAUGUUAACGGGAGAUACCACUGUUACCAAAGGAGAUGCUUUCCUUAACAAAAAUAGUAUCUUAUCAGACAUCCAUGAAGUGCAUCAGAACAUGGGCUAUUGCCCUCAGUUUGAUGCCAUCACAGAGCUGCUGACUGGAAGAGAACAUGUGGAAUUCUUUGCCCUUUUGAGAGGAGUCCCGGAGAAAGAAGUAGGCAAGGUUGGUGAGUGGGCGAUUCGGAAACUGGGCCUUGUGAAGUAUGGAGAAAAAUAUGCUGGGAACUACAGUGGAGGCAAUAAACGCAAGCUCUCAACAGCCAUGGCUUUGAUUGGUGGGCCUCCAGUGGUGUUUCUGGAUGAACCAACCACAGGCAUGGACCCCAAAGCUCGGCGCUUCCUGUGGAAUUGUGCCCUAAGUAUCAUCAAGGAAGGGAGAUCAGUAGUGCUCACCUCUCACAGUAUGGAAGAAUGUGAAGCUCUUUGCACUAGGAUGGCAAUUAUGGUCAAUGGGCGGUUCAGGUGUCUUGGCAGUGUUCAACAUCUGAAAAAUAGGUUUGGAGAUGGUUAUACAAUAGUUGUACGAAUAGCAGGGUCGAACCCAGACCUGAAGCCUGUACAGGAGUUCUUUGAACUCGCCUUUCCAGGAAGCGUCCUGAAGGAGAAGCACCGGAACAUGUUGCAGUACCAGCUUCCGUCUUCACUGUCUUCCCUGGCCAGGAUUUUCAGCAUCCUUUCCCAGAGCAAAAAGCGACUCCACAUAGAAGACUACUCUGUCUCUCAGACAACACUUGACCAAGUAUUUGUAAACUUUGCCAAGGACCAAAGUGAUGAUGACCACUUAAAGGACCUGUCAUUACACAAAAACCAGACAGUAGUGGAUGUUGCAGUCCUCACAUCUUUCCUGCAGGAUGAGAAAGUCAAAGAAAGUUAUGUAUGA